AUGGAGAUGGCUAAAUUCAAGUCGGUGUUGGUCGUAUGUUUCAUUUUUGCGACAAUUAUCGUGGCCGAUUCCAAUCAUACCAUCAACAGCAGGAGGGGGCUGAGGAAGAAACACGAAGGGCCGUGCGUCGCCCAUAACCGUAUCGACAAAUGCUGGCGAUGCGACCCGAAAUGGGCAGAUAACCGCCAAAAGAUCGCCGAAUGCGUUGAAGGCUUCGGUCACAACACCACCGGUGGAAAAGCCGGAAAAAUCUACAUCGUCACCGACCCAUCGGACAAAGACAUGGUAAACCCGACUCCGGGAACCCUCCGCCAUGCCGUCCUCCUCCCCGAACCCGUUUGGAUCAUUUUCAACUCCCAUAUGCACAUCAAACUCAUGGAGGAACUCAUUUUCGCUAGCGAUAAAACCAUCGACGGCCGUGGUCAAGAAGUCCACAUCACCGGCGGUGCCGGAUUCAUGUUGCAGUUCAUUCAUAACGUCAUUAUCCUCGAUAUUCAUAUGUACGAUAUUGUGCCGGGGAAGGGUGGAAAUAUCAGAUCGGCAGCUGAUCAUGUCGGAAUACGAGGAGCAAGCGACGGAGAUGCCAUUAGCAUAUUUGGUAGCACUGAUAUUUGGGUCGACCAUUGCUCGUUCGCCGGCACAUUCGAUGGACUUAUCGAUAUCGUCGCCCGAUCCACCAAUAUCACCAUUUCUAAUUGCCAUUUCGUCAGACACGAUAAGGCGUUGCUAUUUGGUGCAAGUGAUGUUCAACCAGAUGAUAACAUGUUCGUCACACUCGCAUACAACCAUUUCGGAAAAGGACUUACACAGCGAUUACCGGCGGUGCGAUGGGGAUUCGUUCACGUCGUCAACAACGAUUACACACAGUGGAAGAGCUACGCGAUCGGAGGUGCCAAGGGCGCCACCAUCAUCAGCCAGGGCAACCGAUUCGUCGCAGAAGACGGUGCUGCCAAGGAAAUAACCUACAGAAAGCAAGCACCAGAAGAAGAAUGGUCGAAAUGGACAUGGAGAUCGGAAGGAGAUCUGAUGCAAAACGGAGCUUUCUUUGUUAAUUCAGGAGAUCCUAAUUGGGCUGCAUCAUAUAAAGGUUAUCCAUUGCUUCCGGCGGAACCAGCUGAGAAUGUCGCGCUUCUAACAAAAGUUGCCGGUGCUGCUCUUGGAUGCAAAGUAGGACAACCGUGCUAAAGCUUUUCGAGCUGCUGCUGCUGCCAUGGCGGACGGAAGAUUUCAGGAUGGGUUUGAUUUUAGGACGUAGAUGUAUGUACGUUGUUUUGUUUGAAUUUAUUCCAACUAAAUGUGUAUUAU